AUGUCACUUAGUCUUGAUUCCUAUAUUCCAGAGCUUGUUAGAGAUAAGAUUUCACCAAAAGGUUAUGAAACAUUAGCAAAAGUUAAGAAGUUUGUUGAAGAAGAAUGUAUUCCAGCAGAUGAAGUGUAUUUCAAACAAUUAUCAAAUGAUCCUACGAAAAGAUGGACAGAAGUCCCACCAAUCAUUGAAGAUUUGAAGGCAAAAGCUAGAAAAUUAGGACUUUGGAAUAUGUUUUUAGCUGGUUAUAAAGAUGGUCCUGGUUUUACAAAUUUAGAAUAUGGUUUAAUGGCUCAAUUCCUUGGUCGUUCUCAUGUUGCACCGGAAGCUACAAAUACAAAUGCUCCAGAUACUGGUAAUAUGGAAUUAUUUGCUAAAUAUGCCAAUGAAGAACAACGUGCAAAAUGGUUAGUCCCAUUAUUAAAUGGUGAAAUUAGAUCAGCAUUUUUAAUGACUGAGAAGGGAAUUAGUUCCUCAAAUGCUUUGAAUAUUUCAUUGAAAGCUGAAAAAACUAGUCAAGGACGUGAAAUUGUUUUGAACGGUACCAAAUGGUUUGCUUCAGGUGCUGGUGAUCCAAGAACUUCAGUUUGGUUAGUUAUGGCUAAAACAACCCCAGAAUCUGAAAAUCCAUAUAAACGUCAUUCAGUUAUUGUUAUUGAUGCUAAAAAGGCUCUGAAGACAGGGAAUGCCAAGAUUAUUCGUCCAUUACAUGUUUUUGGAUUUGAUGAUGCUCCUCAUGGUCAUUGUGAAGUUCAAUUUAAUAAUUUGAAAGUUCCAUUUGAUUUAUUAGAUAAAGAAGGCGAAGGUUUCACUUUGAUUCAAAGUAGAUUAGGUCCUGCUUCAAAUCGUGAAAUAUUUGGGAAAUUGUUCAUUACAAAGGAAUUAUUCAUUAAUGAUGUUGCUGAAAGAAGAAUUGAAUUAGAAAGAAUCAAAUUAUUGGUCUUGGAAGCUGCUUUGAAAAUUGAUUUAGUUGGUAGUAAAAAAGCAAAGAAGGAAAUAUCAAUAGCCAAAAUAGAUGCUCCAAGAACUGUGGGUAAAAUUAUCGAUUGGGCUAUUCAAGUUUAUGGAGCUGAAGGUGUUAGUCAAGAUACCCCAUUAACUAAAUUAUUUAUGAGUGCAAGAAUGUUAAGAAUUGCUGAUGGUCCAGAUGAAGCUCAUUUGAAUCAAUUAGGUAAAGCUGAAGCUAAAAAGUCUAAAGAUAUUAAUGAGUUAUACUCUAAAAUAUAUGCUAAAACUAAAAGAUUGAGUAAAAUUUAG